AUGACCUCAGUCUUCACCGUCGCUCUACUUGCCCUUGGCGCCGUUGCCUUGCCCAGCUCGGCUUCGCCCGAGCCAACUGGCCUUUCAUAUCCAUCUGGGUUUGAUAUGAAAACGAGCUGGGCCCAUUUGAGUCCUUACGUCGAUGCUCCCGGUUUCAAUGUUUUGAAAGGAUUUCCUGCGAAAUGUGAGCUAUCCCAGGUCCAUGUGCUACACCGCCAUGCCCAGCGAUAUCCCACCUACUACCCCUUGGAUGGCGAGGGAAUGGAGCGCUUUGCCCAGAAGCUCGCAAAUUAUUCCAAGAAACAUCCCGACAAGAAAGUGGCAUCGGGCCCCCUGGACUUCUUGAACGAUUGGGAAUAUGUCCUGGGUCUAAACACCCUUCUUCCCACUGGCGCCGCUACCGAAGCCAUUGCGGGUGCGCUGUUCUGGAGCCAAUACGGUCGAUUGCUCUAUCGGGCCAAUACCAGCCAGGCCAACUGGGACAACUCUUUGAACGUGUAUCCCAAUGGUACAGCCCGCCCGAAGCCAACGUUCCGCACAACUUCAUACCCACGUAUCUUGGAGAGCGCUCGGUGGUGGCUCAGUGGUUUCUUUGGAAACACUGGAGCCAACAGCUCGUAUGCUGAUUAUGAUCUGACCAUCAUCCCCGAGCUUGACGACUUCAACAAUACUUUAUCAUCAACCAGUACCUGCACCGAAGGGCUGGAGCCGGGUGAUACCUCUGGUGAAGCGUUUGCCUCAUCCUCUCUAGUGAAGAAUGUUGCUAAGCGCUUCGCCGCGCAUUUGCCUGAAGAUCUGAAAUUGAACACACUUGACAUUGUCGCAAUGUUCAACAUCUGUCCCUACGAGUAUGCUACUCUUGGUGCCUCGUCCUUCUGUGCCCUUUUCACCGAACAAGAGUGGCGCGACUUUGAGUACUUCAUCGAUCUACAGUUCUAUGGCAGAUAUGGCUUCGGCUCUCCCAGUGGCCGUGCACAGGGCAUUGGCUACGUUCAAGAGCUUGCUGCUCGCUUGGAAUCUAAGCUUAUCAUGAGCAGCCAGAGCAGUAUCAAUUACACCUACGAUAACAACACCAAAACCUUCCCCUUGGACCAGCCAUUGUACAUGGAUAUGUCCCAUGACGAUAUCAUCGUUUCCACCUUGACGGCUCUGGGAUUGGACCACUUCAAAUAUAGCCCUCGCGGCCUCCCUGAUUCAGUUGCGCAUGCUCCACGCCGCAACUUUAACCUCAACCACAUGACGCCGUUUGGAGCUCGUCUUUUCUCUGAGAUUUGGACCUGUCCCCAAGGGGCAUCGCUGAAGGAUCUCCGGCCACAGAAGUACAGCAACCCGGACCUGUCGUCCGAGUCCAACACGACGGACUAUAUCCGCUUUGUCUUGAACAACGCUCCACUGCCUCUUGAUGGACUGGGUGCAUGUGACGGAUCGGUGAAUGGAUUCUGCAAAGUCAAGGAUUUCCUCAGUGCUGUUCCAAAGUUGAACGAGGAAGCGAUGUACCAGAAGGCAUGCUUCGGUGAUUAUAAUAUUACCACCCAAGUUGGAAAUGGGCAACCCAUCAAACCUUGA